AUUCAUUCAUGAAUUUGAAUAUAUAAAAACUUGGAAAUCCACGGUGAGAGCGAAAGCAUUUAGGGGAGAUUGUUUUUCUGUUCCAUUUCUACGAACUCAGACCCUUCAAUCCCAACCGAGAAAAAAAUCAUGAAGCUGAAGACAUAUGCGGGUCUUAGUAUCAUUGCAACUCUGGCUAUUAUAUAUCAUGCAUUUAACAGUAGGGGCCAGUUUUAUCCGGCAAUGGUGUAUCUGUCAACUUCCAAGAUCAGUUUGGUGCUUCUUCUCAACAUGGGUUUGGUCUUUAUGUGUAUUCUAUGGCAAUUAACCAAGAAGUUGUUCUUGGGUUCCCUCCGAGAGGCGGAGGUUGAGAGGCUUAACGAGCAAUCGUGGAGGGAGGUCAUGGAAAUCCUCUUUGCAAUAACCAUUUUUAGGCAGGACUUCUCAGUCACAUUCCUUGCAAUGGUCACAGCAUUGUUGUUGAUUAAGGCUUUGCAUUGGUUGGCUCAGAAGAGAGUCGAGUACAUUGAGACCACUCCCUCGGUGCCCAUGUUGUCCCAUGUUCGAAUUGUAUCUUUUAUGGGCUUCCUUCUUCUUCUUGAUAGCCUUUUCUUGUACAGUUCUAUGAAGCAUUUGAUAGAAACGUGGCAGGCUUCGGUUUCACUAUUCUUUUGUUUCGAGUACAUGAUACUGGCAACUACAACGGUGUCAAUUUUUGUAAAAUAUCUUUUCUAUGUCAGUGACAUGCUUAUGGAGGGACAAUGGGAAAAGAAACCGGUCUUCACAUUUUACCUGGAACUCAUUAGGGACUUGCUUCACUUGUCUAUGUAUAUGUGCUUCUUUCUUGUAAUUUUUGUAAACUAUGGUAUUCCCUUGCACCUUAUACGGGAGCUUUAUGAGACAUUUAGGAACUUCAAAGUCCGUGUUGCAGAUUACAUACGUUAUCGUAAAAUCACUUCAAAUAUGAACGAUCGGUUUCCAGAUGCAACCCCUGAAGAGCUUAAUGCAAGUGAUGCAACCUGCAUUAUUUGUCGUGAAGAGAUGACGACAGCCAAGAAACUUAUAUGUGGACAUCUUUUUCAUGUUCAUUGUCUCCGAUCAUGGCUGGAGCGGCAGCACACUUGCCCCACCUGCAGAGCCUUGGUUGUACCACCUGAAAAUGGGACAACUGCGGCUGCAGGGCAGCAAGGAUCACAGUCAGAUGUCCAUCAACGGGGAACAACUGGGACAGGCAGUGGAAGCACAGCUCAGACUGAGGCUACUGAUAGUUUGAGUCGACAUCAAGCUAGACUCCAAGCAGCUGCUGCUGCUGCUUCAAUAUAUGAGAAGUCUUAUGUGUAUCCCUCUAUGAAUUCUCUUGUAUGCUCUCCUGGAUACACUCUUCAUCCCCCAGUUCAAAUAUCUAUGGCUGAAUCUUCUAAUACGGACCGUAAUGGAGAGCAAACUUCCAGUGAAGAAGCACAAAAGCAGUUUCUUAUCGCUGGUAGACCACCAAAUCUAUCCUUUCCUCCAAUGCAAAACUUCCAUUUUCUACCUUCCCAAGCACAUGCAUCCCCUGUGAACUAUGGAGAGGGGUUUGAAAAUGAUCCAAAUAUCCCAAGCUCUCAGCUUGAAGCUUAUAGAAAACUUCUUCAAUGCCAGAUUCAGAACCUACAGAUUCUGCAAAAUCAGCUCGAGAUGCUGCAGAGGAUAAAGGCUGAUAGAAAUGUAGAUGAGGGCACACCGUCAUCAGAUAGCAGAGGCAAGAGUGUCGUUUCCUCAUCAUCUGAAUCUGGUCAUGGUUAUCGUGAGGAUAUUCAAGAUGGAAAAGCAUAAGGUCGGCUGUUUAUUUCUGGUUUAAGCCAGGAAUAGACUGCCAAAUGUAGAUAUAGGAAGAGGAAAAUACAGAAAUCACAGCAUUGCUCUAAUGUGACAUCUGUUAUUCGUGAUGGUACUAAUCUUGUAAAUGCAUAGUGCCCCUUGAAAAUGAUUUAUUUUGGCUUCUUUUUUUUUUCCCAUGUGGAUUGUUGUACGCUUAUAUUAGCUUUUACAAAAGUUACCUUUUGAUAAGAAAAUGGGGAUUUAUUGUUUGAUGCUUAUUGUUUUCCCUUUAAAGUGGGGAU